AGCUGUUAUUUAUUUUCUUCAAAAUAUAACUUUGGCCGUAAACAAAACCAAGCAAAAUUGCUGGAAAAAUUCUGAAAUUCUCAACUAAAACUAUACAGCCAUACAUUACAAACAAUGUUGCGUCAAUUAACGUUGACGCGUGACAUUUCACGUUGGCUGCUGAUGCCAUGGCGUCGCAAUUGCUCGUCCAACGCAGGAAAGGAGAAGCCCUUUUUCACACCCAUAAAUGACGUCAUCGUGGACUUUGACGACCCCGACCAUUUGCCCAUUCCCGAGUAUCCAGCGCGUCCAAAUGAGCCGCUUGCCAGACGCAAACAGCGCUUGAUCUACCAAUCCCGCAAACGCGGCAUGCUCGAGAAUGAUCUGCUGCUUAGCACCUUUGUGGCGAAGUACCUGAACGAUUUUAAUGAGGAACAAACGGCAAUCUAUGAUCAGCUCAUCAAUGGCGUCAGCAACGAUUGGGACAUCUUCUACUGGGCCACCGGCGUGAAGCCUACCCCGCCAGAAUACGAUACAGAAAUAAUGCGGCUACUCAAGGAGCAUGUCAAGAAUGCGGAGCGGGUGACGCGCUUUCGCCAGCCGGAUCUAAACUAAAGCAUUACAAAUUUUGCAUUGUUCAGCCCUACCUCAACAAAACUCUAGCAUCCAAUACUUAGCUUAUUUUUAAGCUUAGGUUAUGUUCGAUCCUAUUUUAACUAGUAGUAUACACAUGUCCAAUAUAAUCAAUAGAUAUGCCUCCAGCUUA